GAGACAGUUGCUGCAAUCCACAAAGCAUGGGCUACAUUAAAAAAAUAGUGGAGAAUAAGAUACCAGGGAUUUAUGUUCUGUCUCUCAAGAUUGGAAGCAACCUGAUACAGGAUAUGGAGAACAGCUUCUUUAUGAACGUGAACGAUCAAGUGAGAGAGGUGUGCAGCCAACUUGCCAAGGACCCUCACCUGAAAGGAGGCUACAACGCAAUGGGCUUCUCUCAGGGAGGCCAGUUCCUGAGGGCGGUGGCCCAGAGGUGUCCUUCUCCUCCCAUGCUCAAUUUGAUCUCUGUUGGGGGACAGCACCAAGGCGUGUACGGCUUUCCACGCUGUCCUGGUGAGAGCUCCCAUAUCUGUGACUGGAUCCGAAAGACGCUGGAUCUGGGCGCCUACACACAAGCUGUUCAAGAGCACUUGGUACAAGCAGAGUAUUGGCACAACCCCCUGAAGGAGGAGGACUACAGGAAAAACAGCAUCUUUUUGGCUGACAUAAACCAGGAGAGGGGCAUCAACGAGACAUACAAGAAAAAUCUGAUGGCGCUGAAAAAGUUCGUGAUGGUGAAAUUUCUCAAUGAUACCAUGGUCGACCCUCCGAUCUCUGAGUGGUUUGGGUUUUACAAAAGUGGCCAAGCCCAGGAGACCAUCCCGCUGCAGGAGACCUUGCUGUACACAGAGGAUCGCCUGGGGCUGCAGGAGAUGGACAAAGCAGGAAAACUGGUGUUCCUGGGGGUGGAAGGGGAUCACCUGCACUUCUCAGAAGAGUGGUUUUACACCACUAUCCUCCCCUUCCUCCAGUGA